AGGACCAAUAAUAGUGAGGGGUGAAUUUCAGCCAAGGGCCUUCACCCAAUGUUCAGAGCUAGGAAUCUUUAGUAAAAGGCCAAAAAUUUAUGCGAACUGAAGAGAAAGCAGAGUACAUUGUAAGCAAAAAUAUUCCAACUGAUCUUGAUAGCUGGGUUGCCUCAUAGCAACCAUGAUUGUGACAGCCUGCAGUAAUGCGCAGAGCAGCAUAAUGAUGGCCUGAGGCGCCCACCGCCACACUAGCACACAGUGCCCAGGAUGGCACACAGCACCCCAAUGGCCUGCAGCAGGCGAGCCAAGUGCUUUCUAAACCUAGUGUAACAUUUCAAUGGCUACCCAGAUGACUGAUGGUCAUCGACGGUUCCUGCAGGUGCUGAUGUCUCAUGGAAUAAUGGAAGGGUCGGUGGCUAGAACAUUACACAGGGACUGCUGUGAAAUCCAUAAAGUCUACUAUGCUCAUGAUAAACUGGAUGACUUCAUCAAUGUUGUUAACAUCCAUCUGCAGCCUUUCUUUAUGCAGAUCCGGAAAGGAAUGUCUGAAGACGAUGGGAGAACAUAUUACGCAUUGGUGAAUCUGGCAGAAACUGAAAUAACUAAGAUGGCAUCUGACUAUACAGAAAAUGAGUUAGAAUUGUUCAGAAAAACUAUGGAUGUGAUCAUCAUAUCAGAAAGUGGCUUUGCAUCUUCCACAGAUAUUUUAAACCUGGCUGACCAACUUAAAACAAAGAAAAUGAAGAAAAAGGAAGCAGAGCAAGUGCUGCAAAAUUUGGUUCAGGAUAAGUGGCUCUCUGAACGAGAUGGGGAGUACACGUUGCAUACUCGCUGCAUAAUGGAGAUGGAGCAAUACAUCCUCAGCAACUACCAAGACUUGGUGAGGAAAUGUAACAUCUGUCACAGCCUCGCCAUCCAGAGUCAAGUAUGUGAAACCUGUGGAAUUGGAAUGCACUUGCCUUGUGCUGGAAAAUAUUUCAAAGCUCAGAUGGAACCACACUGUCCCCACUGUAAUGAGUUUUGGCCACAUGAGAUUCCAGAAAUAAAUCGGCCAGAUUCCGAGUUGCCUUCAAGUGCCCCGAGGGAGAGGAGAAGAACCCCAUCCUCAGGAACAAGGCGGCAUUAGAAAGACCAGUUUCAGUUAGAGCAGACAUUUUCUUUCGCUGUCUUACGGAUGCCCAGUUGCAGUUUACUUCAGCGUUAGUGUAAAAUGUGUCAUUCUGAAAGCAGGAAUGCCUAGGGAACAAAGUCAACUUUCUUUUUAUGGUUUGUUUUUACUCGGCUAAAAUCUUGCUAGAAGUUUGAAAAUAAAACUGUUGUGACUUUGGCCUCCCUGCUCAAAGGUCCUGCUUAGUUCCAGCACUAACAGUGCUGGAACUAAGACUAAGAAGGUCAGCAUAGCUACAGUGGAGGCUGUCAUGGUAUGUGUACAUACCUAUUGUUAUUGCCAAAGGGGGACAUUACAUCUGCAUAGGAAUGGGAGAUUUGACUGCUGCUGCCUCAGUUGUGUAAGCUGAGCCACAUAGACAGACCUUUAUACUGUGCCCAGUCUUGUUAAAUUAAAUGGGGCUCUGCCCAGGUGCCUGCACAGGUCUGAACGUGCAGCUGGGACAGGAGAGCUCAGUGCAGAGGAGUUUUUAAAAGUUUUAUUUUUGGAGGAUUUGCACAACGAGACAAGACCUAUUUAGACUUCCAUUUUAAACUCUUUUAAAAUCUGUAAAAUCAAUGAGGUUUGUCAACCAUUCUGUCAUUCUGGUUGAAUUCAGUGAAGGUGCCUCUGCCAGGGCUCAGUAUUAACAUCUCAUCUCCCCCCAGGUCUGGCCCUUCUCUGAAAGGAUGCUUUUAAACACAGUCUGAGUAUUCACAUACACAUUCAUUCUUCAUUGCUGCAACUCUGACAAAGAGGUGGUGCCAGAAGCACAUCUCAGGGUUUCCCAAGAUUUAAGAGCAUCUAUUAAGUCUCCUUUUAAUACCACGAUUUCGUGAUAAUUGUUGGUUAUAAUAAAUAAUGCGAAGUUAGGACUUCUGCCACACCUUCACUUCUUGGCUCUAAGCACCUUCAGUCUCAGUUUCGCAGGCACAGAAGCAGGUGCGUAGUAGUCUUAUCAGCCCAGAAUGCCAGAGAGUAGAAGUUGAGCAUCUCUUUCACAGUUCCUUCUUUAUAAUUGUUUUUACAUAAUACCUCAGAAAGUGGUUUAGUGUGGGAGAGAGGAGCCUAAUGGGAGUGAGCACCAGAUGAAGGAGCAGUCUCCAAACACCACGUGCUAAUUCCUUCACUGGCUCACUGCACCAGAGCUCAUGUUGAAGCUUCAUUCAAAGCAAAUACGCACUUGGGGUUUGCAUAACAGUGAGAGAGAACUCUGUGUUUGCAAUGAUUAGUAAUAUCAGAGCUUUAAUCAAGAAAAUGAAAUCUUCAUUUCAUAUUUCCCCCGUGAACAAAUGGGCUUUUUGUUAGAUCAGCAGAUGAGAAGUCACCGCAGUUACAUAUUAAUGUAUUUCUUCAGCAGCUAUUUUUAAAAAAUCAUUUUAGAAUUGUCUGUUUCCUUACAAUGGCUUGGAAGGGAGAGAGGCACCAGACCCUGCCAGUUGCAACAGUGAGGAUGGUAAUGAAUUAACUGCUGGUGAGAAUGAAAGGAAUACAAUCCAUCUCCCCACAAAGGGAACAAGUACUACAUCUGAGCUCUAUAACUGAAUUAUAUAAUAACCCUGGGUACUGCUCUUUCAGCCCUCAUUAGCAAUAGACUUUACUGCGGGCUUGGCUCCUUUUUAUUAUCGGAGAUUUUGUAUAAAUGUUAUCCACCAUAAUGGAAGUCAUGGCUAUGCAACUAUUAUUACAUUCAGAUGGAUGGUAAACUUAC